AUGGUGUCCUACUCAGAUAUCAAGUCAAACAAUGAAUCGCUAGCUGCGAGCGGCGGCGGCCCAGUUGUAGCAUUUAUUGGCGGCACCGCUGGCAUCGGGCACGAAGCGCUUCUAGCUUUAUUGCGAUACACCGCUACACCCACCGUCUACUUUGUCGGGCGCGGAGAGUCUCGUCUCAACAGUCAGAUAGCCUCUGCUCAGAAACUCAAUCCGAAUGCAAAGCUGAUCCCCAUUCUCGCUAACGACUUGACGCUUGUCAAGGACGCCCAGAAUGCCGCUGACCAAAUUGCGGCACAGGCCCACCAUCUCGAUUUGCUCAUCACGUCGCAAGGCUACCUCAGUUUUAGCUCUAAGCCAGACUUCAGCCCCGAAGGGCUUGACAGGAUAACGUCGAUUCGAUAUCAUGCGCGCUUGCGCUUUGUGAUCACCCUACUACCUCUGUUGCGCAAGGCUCCCAGUCCAAGGGUAGUUUCCGUGUUAGCAUCUGGAAAAGAAGGGCCGUUGGAUCUCGAAGAUCUCGGCAUGACCAAGACGGGGAAUUAUAGCAUAGGGGCCGCUGCAGGUGCGGCCGUCAGCAUGACGACGUUGACGUUCGAGGAAUUGUCGAAGCAAAAGGAGAAUGAAAAGAUCGUCUUCAUUCAUAUUUUCCCUGGCCCCGUCUCAACGGGCCUCAAGGCCGUCGGUGGACCGCUACCUCUAACAUUCCUAUGGAACAUUCUACUAAAGCCUUUCUAUUGGCUGAUAGCAUACACCCCGCGCGAGGCUGGUGAGAGGGUCCUGUUUGCAGCGACAAACGGGCGUUUCCGAAAGUUGGGACCGGGAGUGAGUGGUGAAGGUACGUUGAUACAAGAGGGAAGUAAUGGCCACCAAGGAAGCGGAGUCUAUCUUGUGCAAGGAGACUCGAGCGUGGUCCCUGCAAAUGCGGCCUUGAAGAAGCUUCAAGGCGAAGGCGCCGGGGCCAAGGUGUUGCAGUAUACUCUGGACGAGUUCGAAAGGAUUUCCAAAUUGUAG